GCGAAAAGGUGGUUGAAAGAAGCGCGCGAUUGUGUCUAUUAGCAGGUGAUGGAAAAAGAGUAAUUAUUAUAAAAAUAAACAAUUUUACGGUAGAAUACGUAGUAAAUGAACAACAUUUAAUGACACGCAAUAAUAACUAAUAUAAUAAAUAUAAUGCAAAUGUUCAUUUCACUGAAAUGUUGGAAAAAGGCGAUGUGAUAAAUAUCUAAAUAUCUCUAUAUCUUGUAAAAAAUAUGUUGUGCUAGCCGUUUCACGUGAAUACCCGCUGGCGCCGAGCUAUUAGCAUAGUUUUUUGCAAUUAUGCUAGCAACUCCUAUUACAAAUGUUACAGGAAGUGGAUACGGUAUAAAAAGUUAAUGCUCAUUGAAAACAAAUGUGGGUAUCAAGUGUGAAGAAGUGACAUAAAAAUUAAUAAAGAUACAGCGCGCUAGUUUUAAGCGUGCAGCCGUUGUUAUUGCAUUUUAUAAGCUACUGAUAAAAUUAUUUGCGACAAACUAGUUGGGAUUUAACGUUUAUGCAGCGCUAAUUACAAAUAUCUCUCCUUAUGGAUUUAGCAGCUAGUAGCACUUCAAGAUUCAGCGAUGUUGACGAAUAUGGCUUUAAACGCUCGGAUAAUUUCGAUUAUCGCAAUUAUGAGCAAUUCAUGUCCGGUUACCUGAAGACGCUCACCAAGCGCCGCAUGAAAUGGGAAGCUAUCUUGCAACGCAAUGCUGAUCUCACCACAAUUGAUAGCAAAUUGAAACGCUACAUACGUAAGGGCAUACCAGGUCCAUUUCGUGCUGAUGUUUGGAUGAAAAUUUCCGGCGCUGCUAAACUACAACAACGCUCACCCACAUUAUAUCGCAAUUUGCUGGGUGCACAUUACGAGAAGGAAAUCUGCGAUUCCAUAACAAUUGAUCUACCUCGUACAUUUCCCGACAAUAUACACUUCGAUACGAAAAAAGAGCGUCUCUUCAAUAUUUUGGUGGCCUAUGCGCAUCACAAUCGCGAAGUGGGCUACUGUCAGGGAUUGAAUUAUAUCGCAGGACUACUCCUAAUUGUCACCGACGAUGAGGAGAAAUCAUUUUGGCUACUAAAACAUAUAGUCGAGAGUAUUGUACCACAAUAUCAUACAAAAAAUAUGGCAAAUCUACUACGGGAUUUGGCAGUAUUCAAAGAGAUGAUUAUGAGAAGAGCGCCACAAGUCAAUCGGCAUAUUGAAAAUUUAGGCUUACCUUAUACUGUGAUAGCGAGCAAAUGGUUCAUUUGCAUUUUCGCUGAAGUGCUUCCUGUGGAAACUGUGCUGCGCAUUUGGGACUGUGUCUUCGCGGAGGGCUAUAAGAUUGUCUUCCGCGUCGCUUUAGCAUUAUUCCUCACACAUAAAACAGCAAUACUCGGCUGUGAUGACAUCGCAGCAUUAGCGAAUUUAUUUCGUGAAAAGAUGAUGCAGGGUGACAUCGUCACCGACUGCCAUAGUUUUAUAGAAGCCAUGUUUAAGAUACGUUUGAAACGUAGCGAACUGGAGGCACUACGCAAAGUGUGCGUAGGACGCAAUAAUACCUAAAGCAACAGUAACAAAAAUAGAUAUGUACAUGCGUAGAAACCAAACUGCAUUUUUAUGUAGUGUAUUUACCGCCAAAUUUGUAUAGCUAGAGAGACUGUAUUGUACUUGCGGCUCAACUUACUUAAAACGCAUGUGCCGCAUGCACACGUGGAAAGAAAGAAGAAGGUGUUUGCAAUUUAGAAAUAAACCUUACUGCCUGCGUCACCUACAGGUCAUGCUGCACUCACUAAACAAAUAACACAACUACCUAAAUGUGUACACACAUACACAUACACAACUACAUACAUAUGAGCGUAGAGCAUAUUGCGUACAAAUAAUAGUGGAACCAAAACACAUACGACAGACUUAAAUGUUUAGCAAUAUUAAGUGUUAAAAAGAGCUAGUAAAGAUGCAAAUCAGUAGGAAAAUUGCCUAGAGGCCACAAAAAUGGGGUAUUGCUUUCAAUAUGAAAACCAAUAAUACGAAAACUAAUUAUGUUAGAACGAAUUAUGUAGCUGUAAAACGAAAUUAAGACAUAACAUGCAACCAAACUACCAAAAUAAUACUAGCUUAUAUAGAAGAGAAGAAUUUAAGUUACAAAUAUAUAUACAUAUUUUUAGUAUUUAGUAUACUAUAAUUAUAGUAAAGUGUAAAUUAUGCUAUUUAUUAUAUUUAUAUGUAUGUAUAUAAUAUAUAUGCUUGUGUUAAGUUUAUAUGUGUGCGUGUGCUGUUAAUCAGUGUUAGAGUGCUUGCGUCGGGCCUUUAGUUGCCACAAUUGCUGUUUUCAUAUAUUUUAUAGCGUUAUUAAUUAGUUAUUAAGUAUCUUGCUCACUCGUUGCAUUAUUUUUCAUGCUUGUAUUACUUUUUAUUAGCCUAAAAGUUACUCUACAAUGGCUUUCAUUCAUGCUACAUUUUUAUGCAUCAAUAUAGUUGUGUUUUAAAGCUGAAUAAAAGCGAAAUUCGUUGGUGAAAUGUAUUCAAUAAUAACUGCUUUUGGUCGCGCUCGCAAAGCCAAUGAGCAAACGUCAAUUUUAUGCAGUUUUGGAAAAAAAGUAUGUUAAAAAUGUAUUUUAGUGGCUCACUUGUACUGUAAUCAGCUGUCUUGAAUGCAACGCCAAAUUGGGGGUUAGGUUGGGUUCUGAGCAGGCAAAAUUUCUUAUCCGAAAAAUGUUUUUAGCGGCUAAAAUUAUUAUUUUGUACUGGCAGCAACUAUCUUGCAUGCGUUUGGAGGUUAGGUUAGGUUUGGAGACGUCGAAAUAUCUAAUUGGAAUACUAGUAAGGAAUUAGCAGCUGAUUAGAUUAAACAUAAUUCCGAUUAGUUAACUAAAUUGGAAAAAGGUAAAGAUUUUGUUUUAUUUUUUAAGUUAGCGCACGUUAUGGUGAUACUUAAAAAAACAAAUUUUAUUUUUCUCUAAUUAUUCUUGUUUUGAAAGAAGGUUAAAAAUGGCUUUGUUAACAAUUAUAAUACUUUGACAGUUUCAUCCAGUUUUGUAUUCUACUAGUCUUAAACUUAAAAUAUCUGCAAAAAAUUUUCGACUUUUUUAAUAUAAAAUUUAAAUAAUUUGUUAGCAAUAUUAUUUAUUGAAGACUGGGUUUCAAACAAUGCAUUAAAAAUUUAAUUGGAAUUUAAAUAACUUUUUUUAUAUUAAUUUAUACAGAAAAUAACAAUUAAAAAGUAAUUUUUAAUUCCAAAUACCUGUUUGAAAAAUAAAAUUUUAAUUCCAAAAAUCGGGAAAAUAAAUAAAUGAAAAUUAAAAAUAAAGUUAUUAUCCCAGAUAUUGGUGUAAAAAAAUAAAAAAAAAAGUUUAAUCCCAAUGAUCUUUGAAAUAGAAAAAACAAUGCAUUGAAAAUUAGAUUAACAUUGAAAUAAUUUUUUUUAUUAUGUAAUCCUGAAAAUAAUAAUUAAAAAGUAAUUUUUGUGUUUUCAAUGCAAAAUACCUAAUUGAAAAAAAUUGUUUUAAUCUCAAAAAUCGGAAAAUAGGUAAAUAAAAAUUAAAAUGAAUUCGCUACCCCAGAUAUUGGUGAAAAAGGUUUAAUGCUAAGCUUAAAAAAUGAAACGAAAAUAUUUUUUUACAUAAAGCUUAGUACAUAUUAAUUUUUUUGUUUAUCGAAAAAUGGGCAUUAGGAAUUGAAAAUAAUUUUUUUAACUCUGAUAUUUUGGUAACUCUGAUAUUUUCAUUAAAAUUUUGAAAAUUUAUUUUUUUAAGGUAUGAAAAUGUAUUUCUUAAAUCAAGAUAUUUGCAUUAGAAAAAUUGAAAAAUUUAAUUUUAAUCUCAACAUUGGAUUUAAAAAUUGCAAAUCUAAUUCGGUUCAAAAAUUGAAAAUUUAA